AUGGUGGAUCCUCUGCCCCCCCCCGAAAAACACUGCUUAGAAGGGGGUGUCUCGCGCCUUUGGGGGGCUCCCAGGUGCGUGGGGGAUGCUGGGGAGGAGCAGGUAAAUUUGGGGUGCCCCCCCCCCCGCAGGCUCCAGCUGGUCGGAGGGAGGGAGGGAGGCAGAUCGGGAGGCGGCGCCGGGCGCUGUUUGCCCGAGGAGGCGGGAGGGGGGCGUCUCCCCUGGCCUGGCCCACCCAGGGCGCGGAACUCCCCGUCUUGACGCUCCGGGAGACCCGGGAGAGCGAGAGAGGCGCGGGCAGGUGAGCAGGGACCCAGGGGAGACCCCACCGCGGGCCCAAAGGGAAGGAAACGGGGGGGGGGGAGUGGGGAGAAGCAGGCCAGCAAGGGGGGGGGGGAGAGCCCUGAAGGCAGAACCCCGCCCUUUGCAAAUGUGAAAGGGGUUUUGUAAAAAAUUUUUUUUUGGGGGGGAGACAAGAGAUCAGGCAUGCUUUGAGGUUUUCUCUGUGCCCCCUACCUGAUUCUCCUCUGCAAUACUCUGUGUUUGCAGGGGGUGACAAUGGGGGGCAGGGAGAGCACCCCCCCCAUUCCACAUGCCCCCCCUCACGUCUCGCUUUCUGCCUCAGGAUCUGACAGGAUGGGGUCAAAGUUUCCCAGCUGCUUCCCCCGGGGAAGGCGCUCCCGGCGCCACAGCAAGACGGAGCAGAAGGAGCCCCCCACAGGUAAGCAGAGCCCCCCAAGUCCCUUGCACUCCCCCUUGGGCGACUUCUCCCUGCCCUAGAGGCAGCCCACCCCCCAGGUCAGGGGCGUGGGGAUCCCUUGCCCCUUUGCCAGAGAGCUGACCCGGCCCCUCCAUCCCAGGUUCCCUCCCUUGGGUGCCUUUUGGGAGAAUCACCAAAUUGUAGGGUUGGGACCCCAGGCGGUCAUCCAGACCAACCCCCUGGAGAGCAGGGGUUGCAAACUCUGUCUGAGCCUCUCUUCUUCCUUCUCCACCUGCAGCAGCCGCUUCCUCCUCCUCCUCGGACGCCCCCGAAGCCGCAGCGCCGCGGACACGCUCCACGCCGUCCACCAGCAGCGAGACCGACUCCCAGAGUGGAAGGGCCUACUUCAGCGGAAAGGCCAGGGUCUCCUUCCGCCACCAGCUGGACUCUGAGAGGGAAGUAACCAGCUGA